AUGGCGUCCCGAGUAUCGGUCAAUAUCUUUUAUGUUUGCGACAGCUCGUCCCGCUCAAUGUUUAAAGGAGUUUAUGCAAUUAAAACUGUUAGCGAUAAGAUCGAGGAAAUAUAUUUUAACCUGACCACCCGUGUUGAAAGUCGCAAUGAUAUCGACAUGAUUGUGAAGAGCUAUAGCGCGAUAACUGUGUACAUUAUAGAGAAAGACAUCAUUUUGAGGUUAUGUGAUGACAGCAUUAAAAUUAUAAACCCAAAAAGAUCUAGAGGUGUAAGCUUUGAAGUCGUAAAGGGUGUGAUGGCAAGGGUGAAUUUAUUCGAUGGUGUAGACGCGACGAUGUACUGCUCGACGAAAGAGAUCGGUCCUGCGAACGAUGCGUUACUAGAAAUGACCAGCAGUUUACCCGAUUUCGCGGUGGCUUUAUCACGUGAUGAAAUUGAUUUAAGGUAUGAGCAGAGAAGGGCUAGGAAAGAGGAGAGAGGAAGCAUUUGGCUCUCCACUCCUGCGAAGGGCAGAUCAUCGACGAGAUUCGACGCAACGCCUAAGUCUAGAGUAUCGGAACAGAAAAAGGCGAGACGAGUGAGUGAUAUCGACGACAACUCGCAUAAAAUAUUGAAUGAUAUUUUAAGGAUGAAUCUAAAUGAUGAUGAUGAAGCUGAAGGAGAACUAGAUGAGCCAGAGACAGAGCCGCCUGAUGGUAGGGAGCCACUUCCACCUGAUCCGCAACUGCCAAAGACACUGGGUACUGAUGGAAUGUAUUCCCAGCGAGUAGAGUAUAAGCCGGGUUGGAUGAGGGAUUAUUCUUGGUAA